AUGGCCGUGCUUCGCGUUUUCUUACUGGUGCUCUCUUUGCUCAUUGCCGCCGCGCAUGUGGUCUCCGCUACAGCGCCGAUAUUCGAAUCUGAUCCUGCGCGGGAUGUUGGCGUCUUGGCGGCGGACGACCUGUCCUCCCCAGUGGCAGUCAAAGAUGCGUCCAUCUUACCACUGAUGCAGGAGAUCCGACGGAUGCUCAAGGGGAAGGCGGUCAAGGUGAAGAUCGGGCCGAGUGAAAUGAAAGCCAUCGCUGAGGUUGGAAAGGAGCUUGCGAAGUAUUCUAAGAAGGAAUGGGAUAGGAUGGUGAAAGACAAAAAGAAGCAAGCGGAAAAGCUGGAGAAAGGGUGGGAGGAUACCAAGAAGGCAGCGAAUGAGGUGAAGCAGGGGUUUGAGAAGGUUGGGGAAGGUACCAGGAAGGCAGCGGACGACGUGAAGCAAGGGUUCGAGAAGGCCACAAACUUCUUUGGAAAUCUCGGACGCAAUCGGGCGGUCGGCACGCUGGCGGUGAUGCAGAGGGCAGUGGCCGCCCACUGCUGGAGGGCUGCCACGUGUAGCGCUCUCAUUGGCCGCCCACGGCCCCGACCUUCCACCCUGGCACAGCUGGUGCAGACGCUGUCAGAGCGCCAGGCCGCCCAGCGUCUGUCACAUCUGCGCGCGCUCAUCAGCCACGCCUCUGCCCUGCCUGUGGACCUGCGCCCAGAGAUCAAGACCCUGCGCCGCGCUGUGGCCCGCCUGGCAUCGCGCCUCAAGGCUGAUACCGCUGCAACUACUCCUCCUGCCACUCAAUCGCCUCCUCCCACCGCACCACCCACUGCAUCGCUGCUCACCGCACCCUCUCCCGCACGCACAGCGACGCCUCUGGCUGUAGCAAAAACUGUAGCGCCGUCAGGCAAAGCAGCUGCGACAGCACGUGGGGGAAUCGGCACCGCAGGUGCUGCCUCGGAACUGAAGGCGUCCGGGCUGAAAGGCUCUCGCAGUGCCAAGCGGAAGCUGGCAGCAGGCGGGGAAGGCAAGGCAGGGCGUGUGGCUGGCGCUGGUGCCACGGCCGCAGCCACCAAGGGCAAGAGGAGCCCUCGCGCCCUGCACACAGCGGCCCUGCAAGGAGGCAGCUGCAUGGCCGUGCCUGCUUGUGCUACAACCUGCCCCCGUGGCCCGACUGUAACAUACGAGCCUGCCCCCGCCUCCUGCAUCGCCUCACCGCUUCUGCCUGCCUGCUCCUCCCUUCCUCAACCCACCGAUCCAUCCCGCAUGGCCUCUCGCCCUCUCUCCCCUUCACUCCCUGCCCCCCCGGCCACCUCCCCUGCUGCUGCUCCUCUGCCUGCACUGCUGGCAUCGCCAGCUGCCUGCCCGCCUGCCCCAGGGGGUGAGGCAGGGGCAGGCGUGAGAGUGAGUGGGAAGAGGAGCAGUGCGGGAAGUGCUGGUGGGGUGCAGCGCAGCAAGGCAGCAGCAGAAGAACAAGCUGCUGUGCUGCUAUCAGCUGAGUUAGCCGCCAUCGCUGCAGCAGCAGCAAGCACAGCAGGAAGCAAUGGAGUAACCGCAACAGGAUCCACACGAACAACCACAGCAAGCAUACGAGCAACAGCAAGAGCGCCUCAAGAUGAUACACUCGCGAGCCGUGGAGACACAUCACAGCCCGCUCUCUCCUUCCCGGUCCUCAAGAAGCGGCGCAGCGACCGACCCAAGGCAGGUGCUGUCAGCACGGCCGAGCCACCUUGA